CGGCUUCGAAUGCGACUGCCUUGUCCCGCUCUCACCACGACGUUGACAUUGGACAUUCAACCACUUCACCACAUCGUAGACACGAGCCCGGUUGAGGACCUGUAACGCCAACCCAAGCAGAAUCUCUCCCUACCUCGGAGCCGUCACUUCUCAGGAUGCCUGCUUACCACUCCGUCUUCCUGGACGAGCCCAAUCAGCAGCUCAUAGGCAACUUCGCAUUGCUUCCACUCCGAACACGCACACGCGGACCUGCACAGCAACUUCCAGGCCUACCAGCCGGAACAAGCGAUCUGGACAUCGAGGCUUCGCACGAGUCCUACGACCCUCUCGAUGAAGUGCUCGCACUGUUCCGCGCAAACACCUUCUUCCGCAACUUCGAGAUCAAGGGCCCUGCGGACCGCGUACUCAUCUAUGGCAUCCUCUACGUCUCAGAAGCACUUUCAAAAAUCAAGCCAGGGCAAACAAGGCGGGAAGCAGAGAAGAGCGUCAUGAACACCGCUCUGGAGACACAAUUUGCGAUUCCGGGCGAUGCGGGUUUCCCGCUCAAUCAGAUGUUUGAGCCACCGAGGGAUAGAAAUGAGGCCGAGGUAUUGAGGCAAUACAUUAUGCAGAUGCGGCAAGAGUUGGCUGUGAGGUUGCUGAACCGCGUAUACCCUGACCCGAAUGGGCCGCCGAGUAAGUGGUGGCUUAGCUUCCAGAAGAGGAAGUUCAUGGGCAAGCAACUAUGAAAAGGCGUCAUGUUGAUUUACUCGCUUGUUUGAGAUGAAGCUUCGCUUGCACAAGCUCGAGCAGAAUCCUGUGUUGUCCAGAGUGACCACAAGCAGUACGCGAUGCCACUAUCCGGACCUUCUGUUAAACCCUUACGAAGGCAAUUUCGGCCUAUCAGUGUGGUUAAAGUAGUAGUCAUCUCUGGCCAGCAAAAAGAGCAUAUGCUGGACACCAGUGCUCGCUAGGCUCGCCGCCUGGACUUUUCGCCAGGCUACGCAUGGUACGAGAUACCAGCACAAUCAAGUCAAUCACUUUACUCAUCUCAAGCUAAUUCACGAUCUCGGCUACGCCAAUAAGGACCUGUCACAUGUAUCAAGUGACUUGGGAUAGAGCCGUGUGACGUCGAGGGCGAGGCGAAGCUUGCCCACACUGUCGCUACCGCUCAUACUAGUGCGCGACGUGAAAGCCUCGGAGAUCGACUGGCCAAGUGCAUACGUUUCGUACAAUGAAGCUCGGACUAGCUGCGGAGCUGCAAUCCCCAGCGAAGCCAUGUUGCAUGCAAGAUUGCGGCCUCAGAUGUCCUCAAGGCCGCACAGUCAGCCACACG